AUGACAUCAGCAGCCACCACGUUGAAUAAUGAUGGCUACGAUGAUGAGAACCAUGAUUACAUCGUUAUGCACGGUGAAAAGUGGGACGACAGGUAUGAAGUCGACUCACUCAUUGGAAAGGGUUCAUUUGGACAGGUUGUGAGGGCAUAUGACACAUUAUUGAACGAGCAGGUAGCGGUAAAGAUUAUUAAAAAUAAGAAGACCUUCACAUCCCAGGCCUAUAUCGAGAUUGAACUGCUGAAGCUGAUGAAUAAUCAGAACUCUGAACUUAAGCGAUUGAUUGUUAAGCUGAAGCGAAAUUUUAUCUGGAAACAACAUUUAUGCUUGGUGUUCGAAUUGCUCUCAUUCAACUUGUAUGAUCUACUGCGCAAUACUAAUUUCAUGGGUGUCUCCAUCAACCUGACCAGCAAAUUUAUCUAUCAGCUCUGCCAUGCCCUCUCCUUCCUGUCACAACCACAAGUAUCCAUCAUACACUGCGAUCUUAAGCCAGAGAAUGUUCUACUCUGCAAUCCAAAGAGGAGUGCUGUAAAAGUUGUUGAUUUUGGCAGUUCUUGCCAAGUUGGUAAAAUGAUUUAUCAGUACAUACAGAGUAGGUUCUACAGAUCUCCUGAAGUACUUUUGGGCCUACCUUAUGAUACUUCUAUUGACAUGUGGAGUCUGGGAUGUAUCAUGGUUGAACUGCACACGGGCAAACCUCUCUUUGCUGGAUCCAAUGAGUUUGAUCAACUGAUGAAGAUAAUUGAGGUUUUGGGUCUACCUCCAACCCAAAUGCUUGAUUCAGCUUCAAAGACAAAAAAGUUUUUUGAUGUAUUGCCAUAUGGCAAAACCGGUAUUAUUUAUGUGCCUAAGAAAUCAAAAGACGGACUACAGUACCAAUCACCUGGCCAGCUACUUCUCUCAGAAAUAUUAGGAGUGUUCACGGGUGGACCAGAGGGAAGAAGGCAAGGAGAACUCGGCCACAGCGUUGAAGACUACCUUCACUUUCUUGACUUAGUUUUGAAAAUGUUGCAACUCAAUCCAAAGAACAGAAUCAAACCCGACGAGGCUCUGCAGCAUCAGUUUUUCAAACGU